GGCAGGCCAUCGCACGGCCUCGUCUAUGUCUCUUGCGCUUCUCCUCUACUCCGGAAAGACAUUCGCUUGCGCAUAGACGAACACCAACCUCAUGUACUGUGGUUACACAGAUCACCGGUUGAACAUCUUCUGAGGAUCUGUCUCCAAGGCGGGCCUUUCCGUUCGCUAUCUCGUUAUCUCCAACCCACCGUUCAGCUACUUGUACCUUGGCCGCUGUCAGGAGAGUGUCAGGGACAGCAGGAGGCACAAACUAUUGGGCUCCGAGCAAAAGACACAAAGCACUUGACAGGACUCAAGGUGCCGAUUCUGGCAGUGAGUCCAGGAAAAGGCGCAGAUCAAAGACCACCCCCGAAUCCUGCAGGCCUGAAUCCGGCAAAUUGCAUCAUCCGACAUGUCUCGAGACAACUUCCAAGGUGGUCUAGGUCAACCACCACAACGCCUGUCGCCGUGUCUUGAUGUGGACGAUAAUACCACUGCAAUAUCCCUUCCUCCUCCACUUCCCACCAGAGGUCAUCAACGAUCACGAACUGCCGUAGAGCUACCGCCUUUGUUUGCCCGAACCCAAUCAUCAUCACCUACACGAGCCUCGACCUUUCUGCCUUUCCUACGCCCUCAAAGUACUCGCUCGUUGUCUCCGGAGAGGAUUUCUGUCGCAGAGACCACUGCAGAGUCGACUGUCUCAGGAGAUCCGUCAGUCACAAAGAAAAGAACAACAGGGGCAGUGGAGAGGCUGGCAAGUUGGUUCGAAGGAAGUUCAGAACCAGUCAAUAUAACAUUGGUCCCAUCGCCGAGGAAAGAGAAGACAGAUCCCCUCGUCGAAACAGAAAAUAUGGACAAUAUAUUCUCUGCCAGUCAAGGCUCCAGAGAAGACAACCUCACUCGCCGGCGCCCCCAGGAGAGGCCAACGAAUGCGAGCACUUCGAGAUUCAGUUUCUUUCGCAAGUCCACGGUCUCAGUACCACACGAGACUCUUGGAGAAGAUGAGCUGGUGAAUAUGAACGUCGAGGAGGCGCUCUACCCACACGGGCGCCCAGAUGAAUAUUCACCCGCCGCCUUCAAGAACCUGGAACAGAAUGCCGAAGGCACCAUACGUCGAUUCCAACAUGCCUAUACAGAGCAGCAACUGUCUCUCAGGCAGACCACAUCAACCAAGAAUGUGCAAUCGGAUGAGCUGGAAGCCGCACAGACGAGGAAUGAACAUUUAAAAAUGCAAUUACAGGAGAUGGCCGAGAGGGCGACAGAGCAGGAGAGAAUGAUCGCCCAGCUACGAUCAGAACUGGCGGCACAACAAUCAUCGCUGGCUACAUUUAGGUCUCAGCAACAACAAAGUGUCAGGAUGGUUUCGGACGACGGUUCAAAUGAGCCCGAUUCCACCACGCCCAGGUCAAGGUAUCGAAGAAAACGGUCAUCCGAUAUCUCGACAUCUGGUGAGUCCGAGCUGGGAUCGGACGUCAGUUCUGUUGUGAGUGUGUUCUCGGAGCCACUAUCGUCAGUUCCGUCACGGACGACUUCCAUCAUUGCAAGUCCUGUAUCGAAAAUUUCUACGAUCGGUGGGAGGGAACAGGAUUGCCCAAAUUGUCAUGGCAUGCAUACGAACGAGGCAUGGGAUGUUAUGAACGUGAUGAGAGCAGAGUCGACGGCAUUGAAGCAACGAAUAACCCAGUUGGAGAGCGCUCAAGAUGAUGCUCUUGAUUUCUUGAGCGGAUUGAGAUUGACAGGAAGAUGAGGAAAGAGGACAUGAAUUGCGUACCGCGCUCUGGAUGCGGUACAUUCAUUCUGUCUGGGAUUGGGGCGAUGGCGAUGACUUCUACCGUGUAAAUCUAGCAUUCAUUAUGCACAUUUAUGGCUAUUAUAUACACAAGAGGUUUUGCAGACAAUACCUGGAGUAUUGCAGAGUGUAUAUGGAGUAUCUAUGUUUACC